CCCAUACCAAUACUGCCAGUUAAUGGUAUAACCGAUAAAUGCCGAAAAUCGGUUCAAUAAUCGGUUAAACCGUUAACCAGAUAACCGGUUACCACCCCUAGAUGGUACCAUCCAUUAAGAGGUUGGAUGGUAUCCAUAAUGUGGGAUGCCACCAUCCACUUUUAGUCUGGAUGAUCAAACUAGGAUUGGACACAUGAUGACCAAGUAUUGGAUGGUCACCCAAGUAGUAUUUCAAGAGGAAAAGUAUUUUGGUGUAAACAGUUGUCAUUUUCAACGAUGACGUUGGAAAUCCAGAUCGGGAGAAGACUACAACGCUGGAAAUCUGGAUCGACAGCUCUCCUUUCUGCUUCUCUCCUCUGAAGGCUAUCGAUCUCUUCGAAAAUGCUAUGAAUUUCUUGUUGAAGCAGAUUGGAAGCAGCGGUGGCAACUCAGGAGGGGAUAAGCGGCGGUGGAAGAAAUCCCAAUUCAGGGAAAAAUCCCCAAAGCCUUGCCGUCGGUUGUAAUUGGAUUUUGUUUUUAGUUUUUUUAUUUUGGUGUAAGGAUUUUUAAAUUUCACUAUGCCUAAUUACGAAUUAUUUUUUAGAAAUUACUUUUAAAUCAAUAAUACUUUUUAAUUUGACAUUGCACACACGUGGCAUGACAUGGCGGUUGAGAGUUGCGUGGCAGUUGAGGAGGCGCCACCUCAGCUUGCUAUUGACUGUGGUUAAUGCCAUCUCUAACGUUGUUAAUGUUUCUAACGAAAAUGACUAAAUAUGUCAAACGAGUUUCAAAAGUGUGGCUAUAUAUGUAUAUUUUUCAAAAAUUGGUGAUUAUUGUCACAACUCACAAAGUGCAAAUAUAUUGCUAUCGAAGUGUUUUUUGUCCCUAUAUCCAGGAGUAUUUUGUUUUCCUAGAAUAAAACCACGAGAAUUUGGAUGCCAAUGCCAUAGAUGAUCACUUUUUCUCAAAUAACUUGGUCUGUUUUGCGCACAUUUAGACUCCUCCAUAUGUAUGUCGAUUCUCGUAGGUCUGCAAAUCAGACUGCUCAUAUUAUAAUUGCCAGAAAGACAGAAUACAACAAAGACAAUCAUUGGAUCUCUGAACCCACUGGGAUCUGUUCGAGAAAGCAGUUGGCCUCUGAGUUAAGUUAGAAAAAGGUUUUGGAAUUUGACCGUUUCUUUCCGUUUCCUUGUGUCCUAAGGAUUAAUUAAGUUUGCAAAAAGGAAAUUUCCCGGUUAAGAAAUCAAAGGCGAAAAUCUAAACACAUACAAUACACAAAUAAGAAACGGUAAAGCAAGCGUGUUCGUAGCGCCGGGUCGGGUCCAUCUUUUGGAAAAUAAAGGAUUAAGCUGGUGUCAAUCAAAUUACUCGUAUUAACAUCUGACCGAUUACAAUUAAUUAAUUAAACAGAUUAAUCUUAAUCCCAUAAUCUGCGCCCCCACUAAUCAUCAUAAUCUCCACCCUCUUCAAUCAUCAUUAUAUAUCUACACCGCCCUUUCCUUCCCCGGCGAUCAACCGAUUUCCGCCCGCUUCCAUCAUAAUUAAACUGACCAACCCAAAACAGCACCCAACAAACAAACAAAACACUCUCUCCUCUCCCAUGGGUCGCCACCGCGGCCGGCUGAGAAUCCUCGUCGGAAUCGUGAAAGACAAGUCCUCCUUCCUCAAAGCCUUCCUCAUCUCCCCUGCCAAACCCAAGCUCCGCCUCGCAAUCCUCCGCGCCACCUCCCACGCCGCCGCCUCCCCUCCCUCCGACCGCUCGAUCUCCGGCGUCCUCUCCCUCGGCGGCCACGGCUCCCGCCGCACCGCCGGCACCUGCAUCGAGUCCCUCAUGGACCGCCUCCACGCCACCAAGAGCGCCUACGUCGCAAUCAAGUGCCUAUUCACCGUCCACGCCGUGUUAACCAAGGGCUCCUUCAUACUCAAAGACCAGCUCUCCGUCUACCCUGCCUCCGGCGGGAGGAAUUCCCUCAAUUUGUCGAAAUUCCGCGACGGGUCCGACCCGGAGAGCUGGGAGCUCUCGUCGUGGGUCCGGUGGUACGCCGCCGUCAUCGAGCAGAAUCUCGCCGUCUCGAGAACCCUAGGUCGAUUCCUCUCCGCCGCCGCCGCCGGCGGCGGGAAGGAGGAAGCCAUUCUGGAGAAGCCGAACGGGGAUUUGAUAACCGAGGUCGAAAUUCUGGUCGAUUUCGCCCAAUCAGUGUGCGAGGCUCCGAAUUCGCUUCAAUUGCAGAAGAACGAUUUGGUUUACGAGGUGGUGAAAUCGGUUGGGGAAGACUACAGGUUGGUCCAGCGGGAGAUUCUAAUUAGGGUUGGGGAAUUUCGGGAGAGAAAACUGCGGAGCUUGAGCUUCGGCGAGUUGACUCGGCUGGUGGCGGAGUUGAGGAGGUUGGAGGGUUGCCGAGAGAGGCUGAGCUUGCUGUUUGUUAUCGGGAAGAGGAACGAUGCUCUGUGGGAGGCGGUGGCGGAGACUGUGAAGGAGAUUUCGGAAGCGGUGAUGGAGAAGGACGAGAUGAAGAGGUUGGUGCCGGUGACGGCGGCGGUGAGAUCAGUGAGGUGGAUGCCAGCGGCGGCGAGGAACGGUUCGAUCGAGUUGGGUCGUGUGGUGGAGGCGGCGAAGGUCGGAGGACACAACGGUGGCGGGUCGAUUGAUUGGUUGUGAUGAGUUCCGAGUUGGACUCGGCCGGUUGAUUUGGCUUUUUGAAUUUCUUGGGAGGGAUUUUCAUUUUUGACAAUUUGUUUUUUCAUUUUUUUUUUUACCAUAAAGAUUAAAGAAUGUGUUUUUUUAUAUGAUAUUAACAAUUAUUUGGGCUGCCUUUUCUAACGGGCCGGUAGUAAGUACCUUUUUUGUUUUUUUAUUUUUGUCUGGGUUUUGUUGCUUUUGUUGUACACAGUGUAGUCACAAAGUGGGACUGUGGGAGUAGUGGGCCCACUUUAGGAAUCCAAGAUCAGAAAUUAGUCCGUUGCUAAAGUCUGUUUGCUAGAUUAGGGAACAUAUGUACUACCUCGUAAUGAUACUUACCCCUGGUUUUCUUUUUGAUAUAGUUAUUCCAGAAAGAGCCGAAAAUAUAAUAAAUUAUCUUCUUUUUAAUAAUCUAUGUUAAAAACUAUAUAUAAAGACAAUGGCUAAUCAGAGGGUUGAUUUCUUAUAAAUUUUUUUUGUCACCAUAUAACUAUUUCAUUUUAUACACUUAGCUUCUAUCAUGAACAGUAGGAAUUAGGGGUGGGCAUUCUGUCACCGAACUUCUUCUAAAUAGAACCAAAUCAAUUAUUAACAAUUUAUUAUUGCAAAGUUUAAUUAAUAAUCAACAAUAUGAUUUUUCUAAAUGAUUAAUUACGAUGUGUGACAAAAACUAGGACAUUUUUAGUCUUCCAUCUUGAAAUUUUGGCACUAUUUUUUUGUCAAUAGAUCACUUGCAUUACCAAGAUGAAAGAUAAAGUGUUUACAGGGCCGAAAUUGCCCACGAAUGAAAAUCAAAACAUGAAAUACUCAUAGUGCACAAAAAAAGGAGUUUUUUAGCCUCCAAAUGAGCCAUCCGCUUGUUCUGGCUACCUAUAAAUCAGAUUGACACAUCACUAAAUUUCUACUUCCAACCUAUAAUCUCUUGCAUAGUGUCCAUCACUAUACCGACGUGAAUUUUACCGAUGACCACCUGAUCAUCCCCCUGGAAAACAACCCUUUGUAGACCUUGUAAAGGGCACAACAUAUUGCAUCCCAAAAGGCCACAAUUUCCACCACGUACAGAUCCACCAGUCCUACAUAUCAAGCCUCCUGCACAAAAAGAAUAGAACCCGCCCUAUCUUGAACAACCAAACCCCCUGCACCAUGCGACGUUGUGCUCACCGCCCCAUCCACAAAACAAACAACCUCAUCCCCCAAACUUUUCUUCAAUCCUCUAAUGACAUUAAGUCGUAAUCAGGAGCUGACUCAGCACGAAGCAAUCCCAUCCAUUCGUGGAGUUGGAGGGAGUGCUGCUUCAGAAGCACCAGAUUAGUAUAUUGGAUACACUCGAAGACAACCCUAUUUAUGGACUUCCAGAUCCUCCAUUUCAAAGAAACAAGCAGCUUAAUGCGCAUUGGAGAAUCAUCCUGCUCUACCAAAGGAUAGAAGAACAAAGCAAAGUUUAUUUCCAGCAAUCUCUGUCGAAGUGGCAAGAGGUCGGAUCCUGCCCAGAAACAAAUGUUUCAUUGUCUUCGAAAUCCGAAUGUUUCGAACACACUGGGUAGUGACCCGAAAUGACACAUCUUUUCUCUAGCAACGCCUCGGCAGUCGAAAGGAUCCGACGCAUCACUUGCCAAACAACGAAUAUGAGCUUUGGUGCAAUCUGAAAUCCCCAAAAUCUCUUCCAAAACGACAUAUCAAACCAGGGAACUUCAUAUUUCCAAACUCCCUUCCACAUGUUUAGACGCACAACCAAAUGGUAACCUGACUUUAUAGUAUAUAUCCUAGAGUUAUCCUUAUGCUAAAUCAGGAGGUCUGAAACAAGAUCCCGAGGUAGAGGGAUUUGCAAGACCGUGUGGACAAAAUCCGAGGUACAGGGACAUAUCCCAAAGUUCUCCUUAUUCAAUUAUUGUUGCUUAUUUCUAAUGUUAGUGUUGUUGGUUUUUUUGUCUAUUGACCUUGCAGUUAGACAAAAGAAUGUACAAGGGAUAAACAUGUGUAAGGCAGUUGCCAGACUUAGGCGUGGUGAAAAGUUGUCGAUUGGCUUCUACAAAAAUCAAGAUAUCAGGACAAAUAGAGCAGCUUGGUCAAGCUUUAUUGGAUUGGUUGUUCGCCAUCCCCAUAUUUGUUCCUUCAAAUCAGGGAGAUGGAGGUCCAAGGGUAGGACAAAAUUUGAACACAUGUGGGAUGCACUCACAGUAAGGAGGAGCAUGUGAUUGUGACUUAUGACGAGAAAAAUGUCAAGUUAUUAAUCUAAUUGUUUCUAGAGUGUUUAAAGACAUUUAAGGUUGACGAGAACAAUAAUUGCAUGAAUAUUCUACAAUCCUAAUAUGAUAGAUUACAAGUAUCAUACUUUAAUGCAUAUGCAUGAUCGUUAGAAUAAAUGGAGAUCUGUCUUGUAUCUUAAAUAUGCAAAGCAUGUGGCAAUAAAGAGGAAGCUAUGAACAUAAGCCAGAUGGAGUAGGUUGCUGAGAAGAUUGGGAGUUGUGUGUGAAGCAUGUUUUUACACUAGUGAGUUUCAGGUUGUUACAGAAUUUUCUCAUAUAUACUUGUAACUAGUAUGAUUUAAUAAAAUGAGAGUAGUUCUAAUGGGUUUUCCAGCAAUGCAGAAACUGAGCAAGAACAAUGCGGUGAAUAGAAUAAAGAACUCUAUGAAUCAUCAUAGUGGCAGCAAGCCUCAUCGAGAACAUUUUUAUGAAAUUGUAAGUUUCUGCUAUUUUUUUGCUCAUUAUUGCAGUAGUAGAAUUGUUGUUUUUUAUAUGGAAUUGUUGUUUUCCUGGAUGUACAGGCUGCCAUGUAACUGAUUAUGAAGUGGAAUUACUGUUGCCAUUUUGCUUCCGUUAUCAGCAUAAUUGUUUGUUCAGUUGUUACAUAUUUUGAAAUGAAGUUGUUGCUGCCAUGUGCUUUUGUUAUUGAUAGAGCUACUGGUUCACUAGUGACUGAUUGUAGAAUUCAAGGAUUGAUACUAGUUUGUGUGACUAAUUUGAUUAAGUCUUUAUACAUUGAUUCAUAGCCAAGUUGGUUCAGUUGUGGAUGAAAUCACAAAAUUACUGUGAAUGGAAUUAUUGUUGUUAUGUGUUCAAUUAAGUGAUUAUCGAUUCAUUAAAAUCAUGUUUAUCGGGUGGAAAAGAUGGUACUCCUCCAACUAUAAAUAAAGUGUUUUUUUAGACACACGAGCAUAGGUGAAAUAAAGGAACUAGUAACAAAAGAAAUACAUGUAAUAUGCGAUUCUUUAAGUUUUGAGUAUGUUCAUAUAUAUCUAUUAUCGGUUGUAAUUAUUGAUUGUUUCAUUUUCAUAGGCUAGACUUGUUGAAAUAGUUGCGGCUAAUCCAAGUUGGAGCAAAUAGAGUUGGUACAAUAGUACUAUGGAGAGCAAAGUAAUGGACAUACCAUCAAAUUUAGUGGCGGAUUAAGGCAUAAAGACUUUGAAGUGUU